AUGGGCAACAUCGAGAACGUCGCCGUGCUCGCGGUAAUUGCAAGAGGUACCAUCGGGAGACCCACCUUCGAAGCACUGCGUGAGGCGCUUUUUGUAGUCAUGGAAGAGAACCUUUUCGGGAUGCGACACGUCCGCUGGGAGCGAGAGAAGCGCCCGUCGACCGUCUUCCGAGAUAUCUCUGGCUGA